AUGAAAAAGGUUGGACCCAAGCCCAUAUUGAUGAUCCGUAAUAACAAGGGCAAGGGAAAGGCCAAAGUUCAGACAAAGCCCAAAGGCAAAGGUAGGCCCAAGCUUGGAAAAGUAAAGGUUGCAUUGAAACCUAAAGGUAGGGUGGCUAAGGAAGGAAACUGCUUUCCUUAUGGUGUAACUGGACAUUGGAAGCGCAAUUGCCCUAUCUAUCUUGAGGAAGUCAAGAAGGUCAAAAUAAGCGGAACGUUUGCUUUAGCUAUGUUUAAAUCCAUUAGGAUCUUGCUCGCUAUAGCUGUAUUUCAUGACUAUGAAAUUUGGCAAAUGAACAUCAAAACAGCUUUCCUUAACAGGAACCUUGAAGAGGAUGUGUACGUGACACAACCUUUGUCAAUCCAAAUGAUGCUAGAAAGUUUCCUUUACUAUGGUCUCUUUUUUCUCUCAUUGUAUCAAUCUCAUGUCUCUCUCAAAGAUCACGACUUUCCUGGAAAUCUUAAAAGAAUAGAACUCACGAAAAUAGAAACUUUCUACUGCUCAACCAAACAAAAUCUUGUGCAGAACCUAAAACCCAAGCUUAACUUCAGUAAAAAUACCAAAAUAAAAGUGAAUCUUUUUGGUUCCGAGUUAGCGUUACUCAUGAGUUUAGAUACUAGUUUUGAUUUUCUCCUAAAACCCAUUUUUCUUCAUGGGUUUUCUGCAGCACUGCACAUGGUUUUGUUGCUUUUCUUGUUGGUCUUAUGGGUAGUGAACAUAGUUAGAGAAGCUGGUGAGGAAGGUUCAAAGGACACGUUAAGGCAAAGGAAGGUUUCGUGGUAUAAGCAAACUUUAGGCUGUUGUUUUGCUGUUUCAGCUUUUAAUAUUGUCCUGUGUUUGCUAAGUUAUUUUUAUCAGUAUAGAAAUGGUUGGUCUGAGGAGAAGUUAGUAACUCUUUCUGACUAUGUGCUGAAAAUCCUUGCUUGGGGUGCGAUAUGUGUUUAUUUGCAUUGUCAAUUCUCCAAUUACGGUGAACUGAAAAGGUUCCCGUUUUUGUUGAGAAUUUGGUCGGGUUUUUAUUUUUCAUUUUCUUGUUAUAGUCUUGUUGUAGACAUUGUUGUUCUAAAAAAACAUGCGUCUUUCCCAAGCCAGUAUUUAGUAUCCGAUGUUUUUUCUGUUAUUACUGGUUUUUUCCUAAAUAUGGUGGCGUUUUUCCCUAGAAAUGAGGGUGAAGAUGCCCUCCUUGAGGAACCUCUCUUGAGUGGAGAUUCUAGUGUCAGUAAUGGUGUAGAGUUGAGUAAGAAAAGAGGGGGUGAUACUGUAACUCCAUAUUCCAAUGCUGGCAUUUUCAGCAUUCUUACAUUUUCAUGGAUGGGACCUACCAUUGCUGCAGGCAAUAAGAAAACUUUAGACCUUGAGGAUGUUCCUCAGCUGGAUAGCAGGGACAGUGUCGUUGGGGCAUUUCCGAAAUUUAGAAACAGGCUUGAGGCAGCUGAUGGUGAGGGAACUGGAGUUACGACACUUAAGUUGGUAAAGGCAUUGUUUUUCUCAGUUUGGAAAGAUAUUCUUUGGACAGGUUUGUUUGUUUUUAUGUACACUGUGGCUUCAUAUGUUGGCCCCUGUCUCAUUGACACUUUUGUUCAGUACUUGAAUGGGCAACGGGUGUUUAAAAAUGAAGGGUAUCUUUUGGUUACUGCUUUCUUUGUUGCAAAGCUUGUAGAGUGUACAUCUCAGAGGUGGUGGUUCUUUAAGUUGCAGCAAGUUGGAAUUAGGUUGAGAGCAGUGUUGAUUGCAAUGAUUUAUAAUAAGGGUUUAACUCUUUCAUGCCAGUCAAAGCAGAGCCAGACCAGCGGAGAGAUCAUCAAUUAUAUGACUGUUGAUGCAGAGAGGGUGGAUGACUUUAGUUGGUACAUGCAUGAUCUAUGGAUGGUACCUUUGCAAGUUACAUUAGCCUUGUUGAUCUUGUAUAAAAAUCUCGGGCUAGCAGCCAUUGCAGCUUUUGUCACAACAAUACUUGUUAUGUUGGCAAACAUUCCUUUGGGGAAAAUGCUAGAGAAAUUUCAGGACAAGUUGAUGAAAUCAAAAGAUGAACGGAUGAAGGCCACAUCUGAAAUUUUGAGGAACAUGAGAAUUCUCAAACUUCAGGGUUGGGAAAUGAAGUUUUUGUCAAAGAUUAUCGGGCUAAGGAGCGUUGAGGAAGGAUGGUUAAAAAGAUUUGUUUAUACUAAUGCUAUGACCAGCUUUCUUUUCUGGAUUUCACCGUCGUUUGUAUCUGUAGCCACUUUUGGUGCUUGUAUACUUUUAGGCAUCCCACUGGAGUCAGGGAAGAUACUAUCUGCACUUGCAACAUUCCGGAUCCUUCAAGAACCUAUUUACGGUCUUCCUGACACGAUUUCAAUGAUAGUUCAGACAAAGGUGUCUCUUGAUAGAAUUGCAACCUUCCUUCGGCUUGAUGACUUGCAGCCUGAUGCUAUGGAGAAGCUCCCAAGAGGUAGUUCCAAUACAACAAUUGAAAUUGUUGAUGGCAAUUUCUCAUGGGACUUGUCUUCUUCCUCUCCAACACUAAAAGACAUAAAUCUGAAAGUUUUCCAUGGUAUGAGGGUUGCUGUUUGUGGUACAGUUGGCUCUGGCAAGUCGAGUUUACUUUCCUGUAUUUUGGGAGAAAUACCCAAAAUAUCUGGAACUCUUAAGUUCUGUGGUACAAAAGCCUAUGUUGCUCAGUCACCUUGGAUACAAAGUGGCAAGAUCGAAGAGAACAUAUUAUUUGGUAAGGCGAUGGACAGGGAAAGGUACGACCAAGUGCUUGAAGGUUGUAGCCUUAAGAAGGAUCUUGAAAUCCUCUCAUUCGGUGAUCAGACAGUUAUAGGUGAGAGGGGAAUUAAUUUGAGCGGUGGACAAAAGCAAAGAAUACAGAUUGCACGUGCUCUAUACCAAGAUGCUGAUAUAUAUCUUUUUGAUGAUCCUUUUAGUGCUGUCGAUGCUCAUACGGGCUCUCAUUUAUUUAAGGAAGUUUUACUUGGCAUUUUGAGUUCAAAAACAGUGAUAUAUGUCACUCAUCAAGUUGAAUUUUUACCAGCUGCUGAUCUAAUCCUGGUGAUGAAAAAUGGGAGUAUUACACAAGCUGGAAAGUAUAAUGACAUUCUGAAUUCAGGUGCUGAUUUUAUGGAACUUGUGGGUGCACAUAAGAAAGCAUUGUCAGCCCUCGAUACUGUUGAGGCAGGAUCUGUUUCUGAAAAACGUGUCAACGAAGGAGAUGGUGCUUCAGGAAGUGCCAAUGGGGAAAUGCUGAAAGAAGGUAACGAGAAUGGUAAAGUAGAUGAUGUGCCAAAAGGACAGCUUGUCCAAGAAGAAGAGCGAGAGAAAGGAAGAGUUGGGUUUUCAGUCUACUCGAAGUAUAUCACAACAGCUUAUGGAGGAGCUCUUGUACCUUUUAUAUUGCUGGCACAGAUUCUAUUUCAGGUUUUUCAAAUUGGAAGCAAUUAUUGGAUGGCUUGGGCAUCUCCUGUGUCUGCCGAUGUCAAACCUCCUGUUACCAACCUUACGCUAAUUAUUGUCUAUUUAGCUUUGGCCUUUGCAAGUGCUUUUUCUGUCUUUGCCAGAUCCAUGCUUCUUAAUACAGCUGGAUAUAAAACAGCCACUCUUCUUUUCAAAAAGAUGCAUUUAUGCAUUUUCCGUGCCCCCAUGUUGUUCUUUGAUUCCACACCUAGUGGAAGAAUCCUAAACAGAGCCUCUACAGAUCAAAGUGUAGUGGAUUUGACCAUGCCAUUACUAGUCGGGGCAUUCGCCUUUUCAGUUAUCCAACUCCUUGGAAUCAUUGCCGUCAUGUCUCAGGUUGCUUGGCAGAUCUUUAUCAUUUUUAUACCUGUGAUCACUACCUGUAUUUGGUAUCAGCAAUAUUACAUAUCUUCUGCUCGAGAGCUUGCACGGUUGGUUGGAGUAUGCAAAGCUCCAGUAAUACAGAACUUUUCCGAAACAAUUCUAGGGGCAACAACUAUCAGGAGCUUUGAUCAAGAAUCAAGAUUCCAGCAGAAGAACAUGGAACUAAUGGAUGCUUAUUCUCGUCCAAAUUUUUAUGUUGCUGGUGCAAUGGAAUGGCUGUGCUUCCGCCUCGACAUGUUAUCUUCUAUUACUUUUGCCUUUUUUUUGUUCUUUUUGAUCUCUAUACCUAAGGGAAUUAUUGAUCCGGCCAUUGCGGGUUUAGCUGUGACAUAUGGGCUCAAUCUAAAUAUGUUGGAAGCUUGGGUAGUAAGGAAUAUUUGCAGUAUGGAGAAUCGAAUUAUAUCUGUUGAGAGAAUUCUUCAGUACAGUAGCAUCCCUAGUGAGCCUGCCCUUGUAAUAGAAACUAAUAGGCCGGACCAAUCUUGGCCAUUUUGUGGAGAAGUUCAUAUUCAUGAUCUGCAGGUGAGGUACGCCUCGCACAUGCCACUUGUCUUACGAGGUCUGACGUGCACAUUUCCUGGAGGUUUGAAAACCGGCAUUGUAGGGCGAACAGGCAGUGGCAAAACAACUCUCAUACAAACACUGUUCCGAAUUGUUGAACCUGCAGCAGGCCAGAUUAUAAUUGAUGGUGUCAGUAUCUCAUCAAUUGGACUGCAUGAUUUGCGGUUAAGACUCAGCAUCAUUCCUCAGGAUCCUACCAUGUUUGAAGGGACUGUACGAAGCAAUUUGGACCCUCUCGAAGAGUACACAGAUGAACAGAUUUGGGAGGUGUUGGAUAAGUGCCAACUUGGGGAUGAAGUUAGAAAGAAGGAAGGCAAGCUAGAGUCUUCAGUUAGCGAAAAUGGAGAGAAUUGGAGUAUGGGGCAAAGGCAGCUGGUCUGCCUUGGGCGUGUACUGCUCAAGAAAAGUAAGAUCUUAGUACUUGAUGAAGCAACGGCAUCGGUUGAUACAGCUACUGAUAAUCUGAUUCAGACAACCUUAAGGGAGCACUUCUGUGACUGUACGGUCAUAACAAUUGCCCACCGAAUAACUUCGGUUGUUAAUAGUGAUAUGGUUCUACUUCUAAGUCAGGGAGUUAUUGAAGAAUAUGAUUCCCCGGCUAGAUUGCUAGAAAACAAGUCAUCAUCUUUUGCACAGCUUGUGGCGGAGUACAGUAUGAGAUCAAAAUGAAGUUGACUGGAUUAGAUGGUGGCGAAAAUCAGGUGUUAAUUUUACAUCUUCAUGUAGAAGAGUCCAAGUGCUCAUUAGGGUGAAAGCAACGCAGGGUGUUUUUUGCAACGCAAUCCUUCUUUUUUGCUUCCAUAAACAGUUGUAGAAAAUAAUAAAGCAUUGAGUCUUGUAGGUUGUCGAAGAAAAAUUUUCAUGGAAUGAAGUUAAAAGUGUUAGGAAUCUAAUAAUGCUGUAUAAUCUCUUCUCAUUUAUAAAAGCAUCAUCAUUGUAAUCUUUUGAACAGUUUUUGUAAUAUGCGGAUUCACAUUUCUUUCUCCAAA